CGUUAGAUGUACUACGCCAGUAGCUGUAACCGUACGCCAUGGCGCACGCCGCCACAGCCGCCGUGCCGCUGCGCCGCCCGCUCCUCCUCUCCCUCAAACCUAACCGCCUCCUCUCCUCCCUCGCACCCCCCUCAGCUCGCCGCCCGCACCCCCGCGCCCUCCGCCCUGUCGCUCCCUUGCCUUCCGACGGCGAGGACUCGGGCGAUGCGGACGCCGGAGACGGCGGCGCCGCGUCCUUCAGGAGGAGCCGCAACGAGAUGAAGCGGGAGGCUCGCCGUGCCGUGCAAUGGGGCAUGGAGCUCGCCAAGUUCUCCCCUCCCCAGAUCAAGCGUGUCGUCAGAGCCGCGUCGCUGGAGAGCGAGGUGUUGGACGCUCUCAUGCUCGUGAAGAAAUUCGGGCCUGAUGUGCGGGAAGGAAGGAGGAGGCAGUACAAUUACAUCGGAAGCCUUCUUCGCAGUGCAGAACCUGAACUGAUGGAUACUCUUAUCCAUUCUCUGAAGAAUGGAGACGAUAGCAGGAUACAAGCAUUAUUGAGUGAAAUGGAAGACAAGUCAAUGCCGAUGGAAGACGAGGAAGUUGAAGAGUUACCUCACCAAGAAGAGGGUGAUGAAGAGAUUAUGGAAAUUGCUGAUAGAUGGUUUGAGGGCCUCGUUUGCAAAGAUAUCCCAGUUACUAAUGAAGUUUAUGCACUUCAUAAUGUUGAAUUUGAUCGCCAGGAACUACGGAAACUUGUGAGGAGAGUCCAGGAGGUCCAAGAAAGCACGCGAAAGAAGGAUGGCGGGGAAGGAUCUGACAUGAAGCUUUCCAGAGCAAAGAAACCACUUUUGAUGUUCCUUCGCUCCCUUGCAAAGAAGACAUGUGUUGAAUAGCGUGUACAUGGUGUGUAGGUUGUACACAUCCAAGAUUGCAUAACCAAUGAGAUGGCAUGAUGGGGUUUUUGGCUGGGAAAGACCGGUGCUCGGGACGAGGAAAACUACCAUGGAGAUGAAGCUCUCUAUACACUGUUGGACAAUGAUCUGUCUAUUUCUUGAGGAAUCAUACGAUGCACCAACUGACCAAUUCCCCUUUUUCACAAAUUUUGAUCUGUCUCGUAGCUGCCAGUUGUUACCCCAUAAGAAUAAAUUGAGUGUCAUCUGUCAAAUAUUUGAACACCCUUGGACUGGUUCCAUGGGAGGGUUCAAGUAAAUCGAGAGGACCCCCUUCUUUUGUUUCUAAAAAUUAAUCUGCCCUGUAUUUAGACAGGCUGUGUAACUGAAUUCCAGUGUGACGUCGGAUUCUUUUUGUAACAACUUUUAGACCGCUGCCCUUGGUGGUUUCACGUUAGUGGAUAGCAUCAAUAUCA